ACAUCUGAGUCAUCAACUCUGCCACCCCACCAACUUUGUUACAAGAUUUCCACCAAAAUGUGAGCAGCAGUGCCCGAGAGCCAGCUCCGUCUCAUGGCCUGCACCCUCGAGUGGCAAAUCCCUGGAGUAGUCUGUCCCCUCUGGAGCCUCAGCAGAUCCUUCAGUUCCUUCAGAACUCACUACCAAGAGCCCUGAACAGGAGCCACCAUGCAGUGCUUCAGCUUCAUUAAAACCAUGAUGAUCCUCUUCAAUUUCCUCAUCUUUCUGUGUGGUGUCGCCCUGUUGGCCGUGGGCAUCUGGGUGUCAGUCGAUGGGUCGUCCUUCCUGAAGAUCUUCGGGCCGCUGUCGUCCAGUGCCGUGCAGUUUGUCAACGUGGGCUACCUCCUCAUCGCUGCGGGCGCAGUGCUCUUUGCUCUCGGUUUCCUGGGCUGCUACGGUGCUCAGACUGAGAACAAGUGUGCCCUCAUGAUGUUCUUCUUGAUCCUCCUCCUCAUCUUCGUCGCAGAGGUAGCAGGAGCUGUGGUUGCCCUGGUGUACACCACCACGGCUGAGCAGCUCCUAACCUUGCUGGUAGUGUCCUCCAUCAAGCACGACUACGGUUCCCAGAAGGAUUUCACCCAAGUGUGGAACACCACCAUGGAUGGGCUCAAGUGCUGUGGCUUCAACAACUACACGGACUUUCAGGACUCUCCCUACUUCAUGAAGAACAGUACCUUUCCCCCGUACUGUUGCUCCGACAAUGGCAAGGGCACAGCCCCAGGACCCUGCACUGAGGAGAAGGCGAAGGAGGACAAUGUACAGGGUUGUUUCAGUCAGCUUCUGCAUGAUAUCCGAACCAACGCAGUCACCGUGGGUGGUGUGGCAGCCGGAAUUGGAGGCUUGGAGCUGGCUGCCAUGAUUGUGUCCAUGUAUCUGUACUGCAAUUUGAAAUAAGUCUGCUUCUGCCUCCGCCACCGCCUGCUGCCACCUAAGAACUGGGGAGAGGCACCCUGGCGCCGCCAAGCAACAGUGACUGGGGUGGGGACAGUAUCCAACGGUGUCACUUGGGCCAGAGUGGGCUGGCCUUGCUGCUCUGGACUUGGGGCCAAAUAGGGGAUGGCCCCCUUCAGGCUGUGCCUGACUUUUCCUUCUAUGGGUGGGGUCGGGGUCAGAACCUCUAAGGCAGCCAGUUCUCCUGCCCACGCUUCCAGUCUGUCCCUCAAACCCUUGGCAGCCCCUCCAGCCCAGGGGUCCUCUUGGUGACCCCAGGAGGCCUCUGGGGGAUGAGAGAACGACACCCUAUCACGCAGGCAUAUGUAAAAUCAGCAGGCACCGACAGAGAGGUAGAAGGCACUUCAGAACUCAUUACCCAAUUAAAAUGUCUUCAUUCGAA